CCCCGCCCGUAGAUUCGAUCCUGCCGGACCCCCCCCCGUAAUCCAGUCCCCAUUCCCGCAUCCUUAAUUGAUAUUUCGAGGACUCGAGGAGUCUCUAGUCUCUACAUGCCCCGAUCCCCAUGCCGUAAAAUUUCCUUCUUUCCUUAUUCUACUCUAUCUCGGUAUCCCACUCUCGCUGCGUAUUUAGUCCGCUAUUCUGGCACCUAUCCUCGGAUAUUCCCCUUGUUCCUCGCUAUCCCGGUCCUAUUUAAGCAACGCAGGAGGAGCGUGUUUUCCGAGUGCGGAACUCUCGAGACAGGGGAGAGACAGGGGAGGAGCAAAGGAGUAAGGGGGGAAGACAGGAGGGAUGGGUCGGCGGUGGGCUUCUCGCCGGCUUGGUCUCGCUCUGGCUUUGGUGGUGGUGGUGGUGGUGCUCGCGGGGCGGUGCGAUGGAGGAGUCACCAGCUCCUUUGUGAGGAAGACUGGGAAGACUGUCGAUAUGCCACUCGAUAGCGAUGUCUUCCGUGUCCCCAGUGGGGAUAAUGCUCCCCAGCAGGUUCAUAUAACCCAAGGCGACCGUGAUGGUACGGCGGUUACUGUGUCAUGGGUCACUUGCGACGAACCUGGCUCCAGCACCGUGCUUUAUGGGACUACUAAGAACAAGAUCGAAUUCUUCGCUGAGGGCAAGUAUACUCGAUAUAAGUUCUAUAACUACACUUCUGGCUACAUCCAUCACUGCACUCUCAGGAAUUUGAAGCAUGACACAAAAUACUACUACGCUCUUGGGAUCGGGCAUACAUUGCGGCAGUUCUGGUUCAGAACCCCACCAAAAGUUGGUCCUGAUGUACCAUAUACAUUUGGCCUUAUAGGGGAUCUUGGACAGACUUUUGACUCAAAUAGGACACUUUCUCACUAUGAAUCAAAUCCAAAGGCACAGGCAGUGCUAUAUGUUGGAGAUCUUUCUUAUGCAGAUAACCAUCCAAUUCACGACAAUGUCAGGUGGGACACAUGGGGCAGGUUUGUUGAGAGAAGCGUCGCAUAUCAGCCAUGGAUUUGGGCUGCAGGAAAUCACGAGAUUGACUUUGCCCCUGAAAUUGGUGAAAAUGAGCCAUUUAAACCGUACAGGCACAGGUAUCAUGUUCCUUAUAAGGCUUCUGGUAGCACAUCUCCAUUCUGGUACUCCAUCAAACGGGCCUCAGCAUACAUUAUUGUGCUGUCGUCAUAUUCUGCGUAUGGUAAAUACACUCCUCAAUACAAAUGGCUUGAACAAGAGCUACCUAAAGUGAAUAGAAGAGAGACACCAUGGUUGAUUGUUCUUGUGCAUUCACCAUGGUAUAAUAGCUACAACUAUCAUUAUAUGGAAGGAGAAACCAUGAGAGUAAUGUUUGAACCAUGGCUUGUACAAUACAAAGUUGAUGUUGUCUUUUCUGGCCAUGUCCAUGCCUAUGAGCGCAGUUAUAGGAUAUCAAAUGUUGCAUACAAUAUCGUGAACAGGAAAUGCACGCCAGUUCCUGACCAAUCAGCUCCUGUAUAUAUAACCAUUGGCGACGGCGGGAAUGUUGAAGGGCUUGCUAAUAACAUGACAGAGCCACAGCCUAGCUAUUCAGCUUACAGGGAAGCCAGCUUCGGUCAUGCUAUCUUUGACAUUAAGAAUCGGACCCAUGCUCAUUAUGCCUGGCACCGCAACCAGGAUGGAAAUGCAGUUGCUGCUGAUUCCAUGUGGUUUUACAACAGAUACUGGCACCCGAUCGAUGAUUCUGCUACAUCUGCUGCAUGAACUUGGGCCGCUAGUUCUCAAUCUUUGGAAAUAAACAUGUCUCUCUCUCUCUCUCUCUCUCUCUGGUAUUUUUCCGGUUUUUGCCGUCGAAUAAUAAUUGCUGUGACCGAAUACUCUUGCCAUUUAAAUUGAAUUAAGAUGUUUGUUACUUUGUCAAGAGCCAUA